AUGGCAAUGAGUCUGCCCCACCAGAUCGGAGCGAUCUCCGGUUCGCCGUUGACCGCCGACGUUGGCGGAGUCUCCGGCGACGCGCAAUCGUCCACAACCGUCAGCGCGGUGUGGAGAGCUCCAGCAGCGGCGAACCUGCGUGUCUCCGUGAGGAAAUCCGGUGCGGAGAAUGACCGCGUGUCUCCAUCCCCGCCGUUGAGCCCCGUCCGCGGCGGAGUACGGCCAGACCUGUCGGUGGCAGCGCAGGCCCUGAUGUCGGCUCCUGUCACCGCGGAUGUUGCGCUGGAGAGGGAUUACGUCCUGGGCGCGCGGGGUAAGGAGGGCAGAAAUGGGGUUCCCGUGUACGUCAUGAUGCCCCUCGACAGCGUGACCUGGAAUCACACGCUGAAUAGGAAAAAGGCGAUGAACGCGAGCUUGCAGGCGUUGAGGAGCGCGGGCGUGGAGGGGAUAAUGAUGGAUGUAUGGUGGGGGUUAGUGGAGGGGGAGAAACCCGGGGAGUACAAUUGGGGCGGGUAUUCGGACCUCCUUGAGAUGGCGAAGAAGCACGGCCUGAAAGUGCAGGCCGUCAUGUCCUUUCACCAGUGCGGAGGAAAUGUUGGAGAUUCCUGCACAAUUCCUCUUCCCAAAUGGGUUGUGGAGGAGAUUGACAGAGAUCCCGAUCUUGCCUAUACAGACCAGUGGGGUCGGAGGAAUUAUGAAUACUUGUCACUCGGUUGUGAUACCCUCCCGGUACUCAAAGGAAGGAGUCCGAUCCAGUGUUAUUCUGAUUUCAUGCGUGCUUUCAGGGACACAUUUAGGCAUCUUUUGGGCGACACCGUUGUGGAAAUUCAAGUUGGAAUGGGUCCAGCAGGAGAGCUUCGCUAUCCAUCUUACCCAGAGCAAAAUGGGACAUGGAAGUUUCCUGGGAUUGGAGCUUUUCAAUGUUAUGACAAGUAUAUGAUAAGCAGCCUUAGAGCAGCGGCUGAGGCCAUUGACAAGCCUGAAUGGGGCCACACGGGUCCAACUGAUGCCGGCCACUACAACAACUGGCCUGAGGACACCAACUUCUUCCGGAAGGAGGGCGGCGGGUGGGACGGCCCCCAGGUGGCGGCGGCUGCCCGGGAGGCUCAAGUCCCACUCGCGGGCGAGAAUGCAUUGCCUAGGUAUGAUGAGAACGCGUACGAACAGAUUCUGAAUGCUGGGAAUAUGUGCGCAUUUACAUACCUGAGGAUGAACCCGGACCUUUUCCAGCCAGACAACUGGAGGAGGUUCGUGGCGUUUGUGAAGAGGAUGGGGGAUGGGGCUGGGAAAUGCCGGGAGCAGGCAGAGCGCGAGGCAGAGAGGUUCAUCCACGUGACGGGGCCACUGGUGCAGGAGGCAGCUGUGGCACUCAUGCAUUAG